UUUUCACUCCUGACUACAGAUAUGAAGCUAUCCAUGCGAAGUACGUGGAAAUCUGCUUCAUUAACAUACCAUCUCCUCAAUAGUCAAUAACACAAACUCAUGGCUGUGUGGCCUUUGAAUGGUGUUAUGCUUCUGCAGCUUUUGAUCUUCCUUUCCCUUGCAUACCUCCAGCAAGCCCAAGUUCUUUACUUUCCUACAGUAAAGCUGCCCACGUCGUGGACCAUUUAUAAUCUGAACAUAGUUGGGUACGAUCAAACAAUCCUGUCCAACGAGAAACCAAAUGCUCAAUAUGGGAUUGGAUUUGCUUGUGGGUUUUACUACCCAGAAAGGAGGAACGAUUACUUCUACUUGGCUAUUGGAUUAGCUGAGGCACUUAUAGAUUUUGAAUCUUUCAAACAAGUUUGGUCUAUCAACAACGUAACAUGGUUAGCGAACAGAAAUAGACCCGUUGGUGAGAAUGCUACGUUAACGUUACAUGCAGAUGGAAAUUUGGUCAUCAGAGAUGCAGAUGGUGCUUUUGUUUGGUCUACAGGAACAUCUAACGAGUCUGUGGUGGGUAUGAAGUUGAUGGAAACUGGAAACCUUGUACUUCAUGAUAGCAAAAAUAAGACUGUUUGGCAAUCUUUUGAUCAUCCAACAGACACACUGCUUCCUGGGCAGAAAUUGGUGCCAGGCAAGAAGCUGGUGGCUAGUGUUUCAGAAACCAAUGUGUCUGAGGGAGAUUACUAUUUUUCUUUAACAACCGAAGGUCUGUUUGCUUUUUACCUAUCUGAUAAUUACUUCAGUUAUUUCUUACGAGAUUCAUAUUAUUAUUACUAUGAAAAUUCGACCAUUGAAAGCAUUCAACCUUAUUAUUACUAUGAAAAUUCGACCAUUGAAAGCAUUCAACCAACUGCUAACGGUACUGUCGUAGUAUUUUUCUAA